AUGGAGGGUCCAUACUUGAAAGUGAAUAACAUAAGGAAUAAAAUAUUGGCAAUGUAUAAAUAUCAUGUUAGCUACAAGAAGGCUUGGUUGGCAAAACAAAAGGCAAUAUCGGAGGUGUAUGGUGAUUGGACGAUCUCUUAUUCUAAACUUCCUAAAUUUUUAAGUGCUUUGAUGCAUUUUAAUCCAGGCACGAGUGCUUCGAUUGAAGAUGUGUUCGAUGUUACAAAACUCCACACGUCGGUAUUUAAGCGUGUAUGGUGGGCAUUCAAACCGAUAGCUGAAGGGUGGCAACAUGCUCGGUCAAUUAUCAAUAUUGAUGGUACGUUCUUGAAAGGAAGGUAUAACGGGAAAUUAUUAAUUGCAAUGGGAUUUGACUCUAAUACCCAUCAAUACCCACUUGUUUAUGCUAUAGUCAAUGAAGAAACAACUACCAACUGGUCAUGGUUUCUACGUCGCCUUCGUAGAUUUAUAUGUCGAAGUAGAACGAGAGUGUGCAUAAUUUCAGACCGUCAUGCUGGAAUCAUUGAAGCAAUGAAGAAAGAACAAAAUGGCUUCACUAGGGACAUGGGUAUACAUCGUUUUUGUCUCUACUAUGUCAGUAGUAAUUUUAGUUCAGCUUAUCCUGGAUCACAUUUUAAGAUGUUAUGCUGGGUGGCCGAAAAUAAUAGUCAAGUGAGAAAAUUCGAAGAUGCAAUGAGACAAAUCAAAGAGCUUAAUCUCGAUGCUAAAAAUUGGUUACGAAAUAUUCCAUUAGAGAUGUGGACUAUGUCUCACGAUGUAGGAUAUCAUUACGAUCAAGCAACAACAAAUAUGGUCGAAAGUUUCAAUGAAAUGCGUACUCAAACUUUGAAUGAUCUUCAAAAUGGGCAUACUUAUUGCAAUGUGUCAAGAAAAUUAUUUGAAAAUAUUGAAAGCAAGGCAUCAACACACACAGUUAUUCCAUACAAUGAGCAAAGUGAAAUCUUUGAGGUGACUACUGCACGUUACAGAACGAAUAAUAAUUUUUGGAAAGGUGGCAACAGACAUAUCAUUGACUUAUGUAAAGGUUUUAGUUCUUGUGGAAAAUGGUGCCAAUAUCACUCUCCAUGUUCACAUAUAGUUGCUGGUUGUAUAGUGUGCAAUCUCGAUUGGGUUAAAUACAUCGAUACAUAUCACAAUCUAACAACACUUUCUGAGAUGUGGCAGUAUGAUUUUCACCCCAUACCUAAUGAAUCAUAUUGGACAUUCCCAAUAGCACAUGAUUGGGAGAAAUAUGAUAAUCUUGUUCCUAAUGAAAAUUUAAGAAAGAAGAAAAACCAACGAGGUCAAAGUCAGCGUAUUCGAACCAAAAUGGAUAACCAAGAAGGUCAUACGAGACGUAACCAACGUUGUCCUGAACAAAAAUCGUCAAUAAUUUAG